UUCACCCAGGGGCAGGGGGCUCUGUUGGACCCCGCUCAGAGAGCCCUCUACAGGGACGUCAUGCAGGAGAACUACGAGAUGGUGACGUCGCUGGGAUUUCCCAUUCCCAAACCUGAGCUGAUUGUCCGGCUGGAACAAGGGGAAGAGCCGUGGGUGCCCGAUCUCCAGGCCUGCGAGGAAAGAAGGCUUCAGAGAAGCACCCAUGCAGCAGGUGCUGAACGAGGGAGUGAGAAUGAGGAGGGGAAUCAUCAUGAGGAAGUUCCCAGGGAAGUGGAACCUCUGGGGACCUUUGUGGGAAGAGCUGAAGGUAAUUUUCCCCGGUGCUUGGAGCAGGCAGAAUCCUGGCGAAGUUGGCACAGGUCAGAGAGGCUUCUGGGAAACCAGACAGGGAAGAAAGUGGAUGAACCUAUUAACAGUGGGGGAAGAGAGGACGAUCCCAGAGCCCAACAGACAAAUCCCAGUGAAGAGACACCCUGGCACUACCUUCAGUGUGGGAAAGGAUUCAUUGUGAGAUCACAGCUUGUGACACGUCAGACAAUCCAUACUGGAGAGAAACCUCUUCAAUGCUUGGACCAUGGGGAAAGCUUCAAUAAGGUCUCAGAUCUUAAUAACCACAGGAGAAGCCACUGUGGAGAAAAACCCUCUCAAUCCCUCGAGUGCGGGAAAUGUUUCAUUUCGGAGACACAAAUAAUUAGACAUCAGUUAAGCCACACACGUGAGAGACCCCACCAGUGCUUGGAGUGUGGGAAAAGUUUCAUACAGAGGUCACACCUUCUUCUACAUCAGGCAAUCCACACAGGAGUGAGACCCUAUAAGUGUUUGGAGUGUGGGAAAAGUUUCAUACAAAGGUCAGGCCUUGUUAGACAUCAGGCAAUCCAUACAGGAGAGAAACCCCAUAAGUGCUUGGACUGUGGGAAAAGUUUCAUACAAAGGUCAGACCUUGUUAAUCAUCAGGCAAUCCACACAGGAUUGAGACCCUACAAGUGCUUGGACUGUGGGAAAAGUUUCAUAAUAAAGUCAACCCUUGUUGAACAUCAGGCAAUACACACAGGAGAGAGACCCCAUAGGUGCUUGGUCUGUGGGAAAAGUUUCAUAAGAAAGUCAAACCUUGUUGAACAUCAAGCUAUCCACACUGGAGAGAGACCUCACAAGUGCUUGGACUGUGGGAAAAAUUUCAUACUGAAGUCACACCUAAGUCGUCAUCAGGCAUUACACACAGGUGCGAGACCCCACAAGUGCUUGGAGUGUGGGAAAAGUUUCAUAUGGAGGUCUGACCUCAUUAAACAUGGAAGAAUCCACACAGGAUCUAAACUUCUGUGACACAUGGCAAGAAAAGGUUAAGCAACUUGCUUGUAAUUGACUCAGAUUCAGCUUUUAGAGAGAGAUUUUAGAAGUUUGUCCACCUUAGAUAAGCUAGAGUUUGACAUGUAAAUGUGUAUUUUUAAGGACUUGGAAGAAGAGGGCAAGUCAAGUCUGAGUAACUUAAUUGCCUUCCAUGAGGAGAUAAGUGGCUCUGUGGAUGAGGUGAAUGUGUUAUACCUUGACUUUUGAGCUGUAUAAGUAGGGGCAUUGCCAGCAGAUUGAGGGAUGUGAUCGUUCCCCUCUAUUCGACAUUUGUGAGG